AUGAACUAUACCAUAGUCAAGGUAAUGCUAGAAAAAGAAGACCUGGCCCUGAGAAGCCCUUGUCUCCCAUGUCUUUUUGCUUGUGAUAGAAGCAGUGAGCAUUGGUGGGUUUCCAUAGCUCACAACCACUAUGUGGCCAUUUGCCACCCCCUUCAGUACCCGGUUCUCAUGAGUGUGGAGGUCUGUGUCUGCUUGGUGGCUGGGUCCUGGCUCUGUGGCUUGGUGAAUUCUGUGACCCACACAGCACUGGCAGCUACACUCACCCUGUGUGGACCCAAUCAGAUCAACCACUUUCUCUGUGACAUCCCACUGCUCCUCAAGCUCUCGUGCUCAGACACCUCUGUCAAUGAGUCUGUGCUCCACGUGGCCAGUGCCACCAUCGGCCUGAGCCCCUGCCUGUUCACUGCAGGCUCCUACAUGCUCAUCAUCUCUGCCAUCCUUAGGAUCCCCUCUGCUCAGGGCAGGAGAAAGGCCUUCUCCACCUGUGCUUCCCACCUCACUGUGGUGGUGGUUUUCUUUGGAACAGCCAACUUCAACUAUGACAGACCCAGGGAAGGCUACUCCCUGGACAUGGAUAUCCUGGUGUCUGUGCUCUUCUGUGUUGUGACCCCCAUGUUGAACCCCAUCAUCUACAGCCUGAGAAACAAGGAUAUCAAGGGCAACCUGAGGAAGUUUACUGGAAAACAUGGAUUCUCUGGUGAGAUAAUUUUUUUUUCUGAGAAUAUUGUUGGCUGUGGAAGAAGAGGAGCAUUCCAGAUGCUGAUUUACAGUGCUUUCUCCACUUAG